AGCAUAUUCAAAAUUGGAAGUCCUUACUUGAGGAAUUGAGGUUAUUUUUUGCAAUUCACCUAUUUGACAUCGAAAAGGCGGGGAACAGCAAACCAGUUAUCAAGAACGACCUAUUCGGCGACCAUCAGUUAGCUUACGCCUUAUGGAAAUCGACGAUGAAAUGAUCAAAUCUAAAGGGGAAGAAGAAGAUAAGAAAAAGCCCAUAGUGGUAAUACUAGUCGGCGCACCUGGAAGUGGCAAAUCGACCUUCUGUGAUCACGUUAUGCGGGUUUCUACCCGACCCUGGGUCCGCGUUUGUCAGGACACAAUUGGGAAUGGCAAAGCUGGAACAAAAGCACAAUGUCUAGCUCUCUCCAACACCUCGUUAAAACAAGGAAAAAACAUACUAAUCGACAGGUGUAAUCUUGAUAAAGAACAACGUGCAGAUUUUGUCAACCUUAAAAACUCUCAUCAAGUAGACAUACACGCCAUUGUUCUUGAUCUUCCUGCAAAGCUUUGUAUCUCUCGAUGUAUAAAUCGAACUGGACAUGAAGGAAACUUACAAGGUGGAAGAGCUGCAGCUGUGGUCAAUCGUAUGCUUCAAAAGAAAGAAUCACCCAAAAUCAAUGAAGGGUUUACACGAAUAACAUUUUGUUACAAUGAAAACGAUGUUCAAUCUGCCAUGGAUACUUAUGGAUCACUUUCUUCCAUAAAUACCCUUCCAUCCGGCUGUUUUGGAGAGAAAAAGACAGAUUCUAAAGUCCAAGUUGGUAUUAUGAAGUUCUUGAAAAGAGUAGAUGCUCCAAGUAAACUAGCAUCUGACAAAACUGACAAAACUGAAAAAACUGACAAAACUACCCCUGGGACAUCAAAUGAUAAUACCACUCAAGAAAACCAUCCUGUUAAUGAAGUUGAGACAGUUGAGGAAUUUGUGAACAAGAUUGGAAAUGGGAGGCUUGUUUUGGUGGAUUUGUCUCAUGGAUCAAAGAUAUUGUCUUUGGUGAAAACUAAAGCUGCUAAGAAGAAUAUCGACUCAAAAAAGUUUUUUACUUUUGUGGGAGAUAUUACAAAGCUUCAAUCAGGAGGCUUAAAGUGCAAUGUGAUAGCUAAUGCUGCAAACUGGAGACUAAAACCUGGUGGUGGGGGUGUAAAUGCUGCCAUAUUUGAUGCUGCGGGACCCGAUUUAGAUACUGCAACUAAACAACGAGCUGGAUCUCUUACCCCUGGAAAAGCAAUCACUAUCCCUCUUCCUUCAACAUCUCCUUUGUUUUCUAAAGAAGGUGUGACACAUGUCAUACAUGUUCUUGGGCCAAAUAUGAAUCAAAAAAGACCAAAUUGCCUCAAAGAUGACUAUCAAAAGGGAUGUAGAGUUCUUAAGGAGGCUUACGUGUCUCUUUUUGGAAACUUUGAAUCUAUUGUGAGAAAUCAAGAGAAAUUAUGUAAGCAUUUUGAUGGUGUUUUGAAUAGUGGUGUUGAGAAGGUUAGGAGAGAGGAUGAUGAAGUUUGUGGCACUGAGAAAAACAAGAAAUUUAAAGGUUUUGUCGAAGAAAAGGAGAUGGGUGGAAAGGUGAAUAAGGAUUGGGGUUCGUGGGCUCAAGCACUUUAUAAAAUCGCUAUGAAUCCUGAGAAACAUGGGAAUGAUGUUAUUGAAAUAUUGGAUGAUGUUGUGGUUUUGAAUGAUGUUUACCCAAAGGCACAAAAGCAUGUUUUGGUGGUUACUCGAGUUAAAGGUCUUGAGAGUCUUUCAGAUGUAGGUGAGGAACACCUUCCUAUAUUAAGAACAAUGCAUGAUGUGGGUUUGAAGUGGGCUCAAACAUUUUUAAAGGAAAAUGAAUCAUUGGUAUUUCGCCUUGGAUACCAUUCGGCGCCUUCAAUGAGACAACUACACCUUCAUGUGAUAAGUCAAGAUUUUGACUCCAAACAUCUCAAGAACAAGAAGCAUUGGAACUCAUUCAAUUCUUCAUUUUUUCGGGAUUCGGUGGAUGUGAUUGAAGAAGUGAGGGAAGAGGGGAAACCUAAAUUAAACGAUGAUGAGAAAUUCAUGUCGAUGGAGUUGAGAUGCAACCGGUGUAGAAGCGCACACCCUAACAUUCCUCGCCUCAAAUCACAUAUUGCUAUUUGUAAAUCACCCUUUCCUGAAAAUUUAUUGCAAAAUGGUCGCUUGUUGCAUGCUCCUACAAAAGUGUAAUCUCCUUACCCCAAGUUUUGUGUUAAAACUUGUACUUGAACUUGUUCAAAGUUCUUUUUUCCUACUUAUGGUAGAUGUAUGAGGAAAGAUUUGCAUGAUGUGCUUAGUUCAAGUUUAAAUAUUAUGACACUUUUGCAUGCC